AGAGCCUCCUAGAAACCCUCCUGUGAAACCCUCCUGUGGCUUCUAACUUACUCUGUUUCCCUUAUCACUUCAGCACACCCUUCCCCUCUGAAGUUUGUGCUCUGGCCUCCUGUCCUUUGGCAGGAAGGACAUUUAGCAACUUCUACUCACAUGCCUGUGGGGCAGCUACCCCGAGGGGACCUCUCGUUCCAAACAAAGGCUGGGAGAGCAUGGACACAGGGCUGUGAGCAGGCCCCCCCAGGGCUGCCAGAGGGGGAGCCCAGCUCGCCCCACGGCUCCUCAAGACGUGAGGUUAAGAUCUCUCAACUCUGAAGGAAUUUUGGGGGUGUUGCUGGGAGCAAGGUGUUGCAAGAGGCCUGUCUUAGACACCUCCCCAGGCAACAUUGGCCCACAGACUUCAAGCUCAGGAUUGAAUAGACAAGAGGAGGCGAAGGAACCAUGUUCCAGGCCACGGGACCUGCCAGCCCACCUCCAACCCACGAGGCAAAGAACAACUCAGGAGGCAGCACCGUGCAGCGCUCCAAGUCCUUCAGCCUGAAGGCACAGGUGAAGGAGAUGUGCACAGCCUGCCAGAAAACCGUCUACCCCAUGGAGCGGCUGGUGGCUGAUAAGUUUGUCUUCCACAACUCCUGCUUCUGCUGCAAGCACUGCCACACCAAGCUGAGCCUGGGCAGCUACGCGGCGCUCCACGGGGAAUUCUACUGCAAGCCCCACUUCCAGCAGCUCUUCAAGAGCAAAGGCAACUACGACGAGGGCUUCGGGCGCAAGCAGCACAAGGAGCUGUGGGUGCACAAGGAGGUGGAGAGCGGGACCAAGUCGGCGUGAGCGGGGCCAGCCCAGCCUUCCCUGGAGCCCGGGGGGCAGCGCUGAGCCGGGGGCUAACUGAGCUGAUGUAAAGCCAAGGGGACCCAAGGGCCCGUGGGUGGGAAGGGGGGCAGCCCCAGCCCUCCUCGGAGGUGCUCAAAGGGGUCCAUAAGGAAUAGGGCAGAGGGGACCAGUGCUGGAGCCCGCAGAGCUGAAGCCCCCUCUCACUGCUGAGAUGCCCCCCAAGGCAAGCCCAGCCCUGAUGACACGUUUCGGGCCUUGUCACCAUGGAAAGGAGAUGAUCUGGGGGGCUCGGCCCAGCCUGAAAGCCACAGCAGCGCUCCCAGCUCCUGCCACACCAGUCCUGCCUUGCUGGGGCUCUGAACAAGGAGAGUCCUUGGUUUACAUCAGCUCAGUUCAGCUGGGAUUGUUCAGCCUUAAGGAUGUUGUUGCCCUGCAACUGUUCUACCAGUUUUUGUCCUUUUUAUAUUUGCCUUUGAUUGGUACGUUCUGCGCUGGCGCCCGGCGCGGCGGCUUCACGCGCUCUUUUAUUUUUGUAAUACAAGGUUUCCGAGCCUUC